ACGAAAACCCCCCGAAAAAUUGCAACAGCUUGCAUAAAGUCUUGUCGCCCUGGUCAUCUCAGAACAGCUUGCUCCCGACAUCGAGUACCAUUGGCCCCACGAGGCUCCAUCUUUUUAUCCAUUCAACCAUCUGUUUUCAUAUUCCUCAGUCUUGUCCGGAUAGCUCCCAAGCCGAUUCGAAAGUCGUAUCACGCCUCUACUACCCGCAAAACGCAUGACGGAGUCUCUCGUCCCGCUGCUGGCCUCCUCACCCCCGGUCGGCGGUUGGGAUUGAUAUCCUCGUCUCGACGUAAUCCUUUACUUUGGGGAUAUUCCAGGGAGGCUCGACCAUUUCGAAAGACUUUUUCCACUAUAAGGGAUCGCGGUUGACUGUCCAAAUCGUCUUAUGGCACCUCCCACGCAAGUCGACGAGCCAGAAUGGCCUCCACGAUCUCCGCGCGAAGUCCUUCUUAGCACCCCCGGCGGCCGUGAGCGUCUUAGACGGCUCGCAAACCGAACCUCCCCCUCCCCUCUCGGAACUGGAAGAUCACGCUCGACCCUCUCCUCAAGACUUGCUGCGAAGAACGUCAUAAUCGACUCGGAAGACCAGCCGCCCACUCUCGACGACGAUGAAGACGAGGAAACGCUUCAGCUCAAGCUGCAGGAAAUCCAGGCCCGUUUAAAGUUGAAGAAACUUCAAAAUGCAAAGGCGAAAAACACCGAAACGAAUGGUGCCAAGCUGGAAUCAUCGAGGCCCGAGUCGGCUUUUCCAUCGCCGGGGCGGACGGCGCUGGAAGGCCGUCCUGCCCGGCCCAUGUCACAAAAUGCCAUCGAAAUUCCAGCGUCACCUGUACGACGAGCAAGACCCGAGCCGCCGGUGCAGACGUCUCCAAGCCGGGUCUUACUGGGCAUCGAUAAGGGCCUCACCGCUAAGGACAUCUCCCUCAAGCGAGCUCCCAAUCUGCGGAGGAACCCAGGGCCACAGCUUGGGCAGCAGCAAGGAGGUUUGCGCCAGGGACCACAGCAACAACAGCAGCAGCAGCAGCAGCAACAACAACAACCGCAAUUCGCAGAAAUGUCGCGCCCGCCCACUUUCAACGAACGUCUUGCCGCCGCACGGAUGGAGGAAGAAGGCCGUCAUGAGCGGCGGGAGAGGGUACAAAAGAUAAGGUCAAAGGCCGUCUUUGGCAUAGGGCAAGAGGAAAUAGAAGAACUCAAGACCAAGGCCGUCGAAAUUCCUGAGGCACCUGAACAGCCCCCCCAGUUUAGUCGGGACGAGGUAUUGGCGGGGGAAGAUAAGAGCAGGAUGCCCGCGGGGCUCCAACGGAGCAACACGGCUCCAAGUCUCGGGGCACAGCCAAACCACAACGGAACGACAACCACACAAGCAGCUACGGCAGGAACGGUGAGAUCCAACACGUCCCGGCGGGAGACAGCGCCGGACCAGGUAUCCGAAGCGGAAGCUACCGCCUUCGAACCCUAUUCCAGCAUCCACCUAAGUAAACGAAUCGUUCCCCAUAACUCCCUCACCCGCAAUCUCUCGGGCAAGAAGAUUAUGGUCAUGAAAGACCUGCUCCGGCAUGUCAAAUCCCCGAAUUACGAACUGCCCGAUGUCGAACAAGACAUCGUCUUCUUCGCCAUCGUGGCCAAGCGCUCGGAGCCGAAAUCCCACCAACCGCGUCUGGACAAGAACGGCGUGAAGCAGGAGGAAAGGGGCAAGUACAUGAUCAUGACCCUGGUGGACUUCAAGUUCGAGCUCGAGCUCUUCCUCUUCAACUCCGGGUUCACGCGUUUCUGGAAGAUCAGGGAGGGCACCGUCAUCGCCAUUCUCAACCCCAUGGUCAUGCCGCCGCCCGCCGGGCGCGCCGACACGGGCCGCUUCAGUCUCGUGGUCAACUCGGACGAGGACAAAAUCAUCGAGGUCGGCAUGGCGCUCGACCUGGGGUUCUGCAAGAGCGUGAAGAAGGACGGCAAUCUCUGCGGGCACUGGGUAAACCGCAAGCGCAGCGAGUUUUGCGAGUUCCACACCAACGAGGCCAUCAGGGUGCGGCGGUCCAUGAGGAUGGAGGUGAACGCGGCGGCCGGCUUCGGGCGGCGGAAGGUCAACUCGCACGACAUCCAUAUCCCCACCGAGGCGGAGAAGCAGCGCGGGAAGUACGACCGGGAGACGCAGAGCCACUGGUUCGCGAGCCGGAGCUUGAGUUCGGCAGACCUCAUCGACGGAGUCGGGAAACUCGUGGAUAGGCGCGAGAAGGAGGAGAAUCUCAAACGACGUCUCGUGGCGCAGGAGCGCGAGCGGGCCAUCAAGAUGAAGCUGAGCAAGAUCGGCACCGGUGCUGGGAAGGAAUACAUGAAGCCAACGGAGAGCCGGCCAACUUCUGCUGCUACUGCCAACCAGGCGUCUUCGUCGUCGUCAUCAACAGCGUCAUCGUCAACUUCCGCGCUACCCGGUGCGGCCUCGGGGCCUCCUCAUUCAACGUCUCAGUCCGGCGAGGAGGUACCCAAGCUCGACGCCAGAGCCUUGGGCUUGAUCGCGCCGCGAGGCAGGGAGCACCUAAUCCAUCUCGGACCCAUGAAGCGCAAGCGGCCCGAAAGUUCCCAAUCCGGGUCGACGAUGGCGUCGUCGUCGUUGUCGUCCCUUGCGACGGCAGGCACGGGGCAAAAUUCGAAACCCAGUGGCGGAUUCGGAUGGGGCGGUGGACUAAAGGAUAAACUCGCGAGGAUGAAAGAAGGUGAAAAACUGAUAGUGACCGAUCCGGACCGACCACCCAUGAGGAAAAAAACGCGGUUCGUCACCGAAAAGGGGAUCCGUGAAGCGGGGAGGGAAAGCCUGGGCGAUGGGUUGCCUGUGGCAACCGACUCUAUGGGAGAAGGACGCGGGCGAGGCGGUAUGGUUAUUCUAGAGGAUGAUGAUGACGAUGACGAUGACGAUGAUGAUGAAUUGGUUAUUCUCCGGUAAGGCGGGCGUUAUCGGGUUCUAUCAAGGUCUGGGAUAUAGACAGGUUUUAAUUACUACCACCACUUGGCACGAGUCCAAUGCUUUGGAUUCCCUUUCGAACAUGAACAUCCAGGCGAUGGAUGAUGCGGUUCCGUACACAACUAGGUUUCUC